CAGUUACAUAACUGUUGUCAGGGUUUCUCUUUGGCAGCAUUGCCCUGAGUGCUAUUUGCACACUGACUUUUAGGAACUCGGGGCUUUUCUGUUAACCAGAUAACUCCUGAACCUGAUCUGGGUAGGUGGUUUGUUGUUGUUGGGUUAUUUUUAUACACCUUCUAAUUUUGUCUGGUUUGAGCUAUCUAAACUUCAAAGUAGUGUUACUGCUUUUAUUGUGAGGUUGGUACAGGUUUGACAUGGUGUGGAUAGGCCCUGAGCCAGGCUCCCUGUGCAAGGCUCCAUAUACCUGUAAAGACAGGUGCCUGUGCUCUUGCCAGCACAGCACUCUCUGCUCUUUGUUCUGCUCUGGGGCUCCCCACAACUCUGCCCCUUUCAAAAAGCUCAUUGUUCUCAGUCCAACUUGUGCUUUCCUGCCAAAUUUAUGCUAAUCAGUGUGUUUUCUCCCUCUCUUUUAUGUCUGUCCUACUAAUAAAAUACAGUGCAAAUGGGUAAGCGAGGGAGGAGCCGUUGUUUUCUUUGGCACAUGGUGGCCAUCUGAGCAAAGAUGAACCAGACUGGAGCCAAAGAUCUAUUUGCUACUCUGCAGGAAGAGGUGCCUCAAGGCUGCCAGCCAGCCCUGAUGCCUCCACAAAGCCUUCAUGCUGCAGCCCUGAGUGGUGGUCCAGCAGAAAUGCUGUGGGGGGCUUCUUGGGGAGACUGGUGUCUUUCCCGAGCAUCCUGUGGAUGCUGUUACUGGGUGACAGAAAACACUUUUGUUUCUCUCUCCCUGACACCUAGCACAGAGUCCAUUACUUCUUGUUCCUGACAGACCUGAUUUAAAUCCCGCAGUGCAAGAACAAAUGCUGUGUAGUGCCAGGCUUAUUGGUCAGACACCUGUCCCAGCAGCGGCCUUUAGAUGGGCUUUACUGGGCCAGUUGCAGUUGGCACUGCAUUCCCAGUCUGGCUCUAUCCAGUGUGUUCACAGUCUGUGCUUUAAUUUGUACGUAAUGUGUGAUGGACUAAUCCUCUUACCUACAAAUCGAGUUUGAUAAGGCAUUGCUGAUGGGAAUUGUAGCCUUUGGUCAGAUAUAAUUUCUUUCAGAAAGAGUGAUUGCUGUCUCUGUUGGAAAAAGGCUUUCAGAAAACUGGGUGAGUUUCAGAAAGUGUGAGGUGUGGGAAGAUCUGAGAUAAGUGUAUGUGUAUAUAUACAUACACACAUGUAUAUAGUGUUUUGUUACUCCCAGCACAGAGUUGAAACCCUAGAAUGGGACCUAGCAGAUGGUAAAAUGAAACUGCCAGCAGUUUUGGGCUUGAACUAGAGGCUUUACAACAAGAAAUCUGGAAAUCUAAAUUAUGUGCGAAAAGGUUAGAUGAAGCUCUUAGAUUUGAGAAAAUUUAGAACAAAAUGAUGCUUUAAAAAAAUGAAAGACAAGUCCAUUGAAAGUAAGCAAAGUGUCUUUUAUGACACAAAAUUUGAUGUACAGUGUGAGCAUUGCAUGUUUCAUCUUUAUCCCAGACUCCAAGAGCCAAAAAGUCAAAGUAAAGAGACUGACUUCAUGAUGGGUGUUACUCACAGCAUGUUGUGCCAGCAAAGAUCAGAUUAAAAAAUUAACAAACCACAUCCGUUAGAGAAAGUAUAUUUCAAGCUAAAAAUUAUGUUCAAGAUGCCAGCAAUAGAAGAAUGUAAUUUUUGGUAAUGUGUUUGGAGAAUUCAUAGUAGAACAGCUGAACUCACAGGCUGGAGAAUCUGAAUGUGGUACAGUUGAACAGUUUGACAGUUGUACAGUUUUCUCUGACUCCUUAACUCUCCUUCCAUGGCCAGGUGAUGGGAGGAGGGGAUUUGGAGAAAUACUUCUGUUGCUUUCCAGUGAUGCUGUCAAAGCAUUAAUUGCUGCUAUAACUGUGGCCAGUGUGGAACCAUAAUCUGAACAUUACAAACCUGGUGCUUCAGGGGAAAUGCAAUGAUAAAUUCCAGUGUGGUAUAAGAUACAAAGAUACAGUGCUUUUCUGGCAUUUAUGUUUAGGAAUCCUUGUGUUUAGCUGUUUAUUGUCAGCCUCACUCUUUUAAAGCAUGGACUUGUUGACUGCUUUCUCUUGUGUUCUCAUACUUAAAGAAUCUCACAUCUUUCAGCAGUGGAGUAGCAGAAAAAAAAUGCCAUGAGAAGCGUAUUCCUGCAGUUCUUUUCAUUCAGUUUGUGAAUCUUAAAGCCCAAAAGCUUCUUGUGACUAAAGAGAAGGGAGUUAAAACUUGUAACUUGGUGUGUGUGCUCACUGAGUAUGUUCAGUUCUUGCUGUUGUGUGUGUUCUGUUUUGCUUGUCUGUGGCUGAACAAUUCGUUUGAUGGGGUUUUCCUGGUUCUCUUGCAUUAAAAGGCAGAUCGGGAGCGGCGCAGAGAAAUUUCCUUACUAGAUGACAUUUCAUCGCAAUGUCCGAUCGUUUGGGGCAAAUAACCAAGGGAAAGGAUGGGAAAAGCAAGUACUCGACUCUCAGCCUGUUUGAUAAGUAUAAAGGAAAGUCAGUAGAAGCUAUCAGAACUACAGUUAUUCCUAGACAUGGCUUACAGAGUCUUGGGAAAGUUGCUGCUGCCCGGCGCAUGCCACCUCCUGCAAAUUUGCCUAGCUUGAAGUCUGAGAACAAAGGAAACGACCCCAACAUCAUUAUAGUACCCAAGGACGGUACAGGAUGGGCAAACAAGCAGGAUCAGCCAGACCAAAAGAGUUCCAGUGUGACGGCUGCACAGCUGCAGGAGUCGCUGCCGCAGCAGGGUUUGCAGAAAUCUGUCUCCAAUUUACAGAAGCCGACACAGUCAAUCAGUCAGGAGAGUACAAAUUCAGUGCCAGGUGGACCAAAGUCAUGGGCACAGCUGAAUGGAAAGCCAGCAGGACAAGAAGGUGGUUCAAGGGCCUCAAGCCGACUGUUAUCCUUCUCUCCCGAGGAAUUUCCGACGCUGAAAGCAGCUGGAGAGCAGGACAAGGUUGGCAAAGAAAAGGGCGCCUUAGAUCCGUCGUAUGGGCCAGGACCAAGCCUCCGCCCCCAGAAUGUCACCAGUUGGAGGGAGGGCGGUGGGAGGAACGUCACCUCUGCCACAUCUCUGACCGCCUCCCCUGCUGAGCUGGGCAGCAAGACCUCGAGCACUGGAGACGGGGCCCCCUCCUCAGCGAGCGCCAGCGAUGCCAAGGAGCCGUCUCUCCGCCCAGCUCAGCCCGUCCGCAAAGGGGCUUCGCAGUUCAUGGGAAACGUCUACCAGCCACCCACCUACCAUGACAUGCUGCCUGCUUUUAUGUGUCCACAGCAGCCAUCUGAGACCCCUGCAUCUCUGGACCGAGGGUCUUUCCCUGUUCCUCAGCUUCGCCUUGAGCCCCGGGUACCUUUCAGACAAUUCCAGAUGAAUGACCAGGAUGGAAAAGAGAACAGGCUCAGCCUGUCUCGCCCAACACGUCCGGUUCGGCAGCAGAUGGAGCGAGUGCCUCGGCCCACCAUCAUCAAUGCAGAGAACCUGAAGGGGCUGGAUGAGCUGGACAAUGAUGCAGAUGAUGGAUGGGCAGGCAUUCAUGAUGAAGUGGAUUACUCUGAGAAACUGAAGUUUAGUGAAGAUGAAGAAGAGGAAGAAACUCUUAAAGAUGGACGACAGAAGUGGAACAGCUGGGAUCCCAGAAGGCAGCGACAGUGUUCCCUGAGCUCUGCAGACAGUGCAGAUGUCAAGCACACCUUGGAGGAGGGAAAGAAUUGGAAUGAUUCAGUCAGCUUGUCCCGGCCAGUCCGGAAAGUGCAGGAUUCACAGCAGCCUCCGAGGAAGCUGAAUGGCUGGAGCUCUGCCUCAGAAUACCAGAAGCCUGCGUUGGGAAGUGUUCUCAGACAGCAGUCCCUCGAGGAUAAAGAAGAAAAGGUGCCUGUGAGACAGAAGUUUGUGCACUCUGAGAUCUCUGAGGCUGUCGAGAGAGCCAGGAGGCGACGGGAGGAGGAGGAGCGGCGAGCCAGGGAGGAGCGUCUGGCAGCCUGUGCUGCAAAGCUCAAACAACUUGAUCAGAAAUGCAAACUGGCUCAGAAGAGUGGGGAGGCACAGAAACACACAGAGCAUGAAGAUGUUCGACCUCCCAGCACAGAGAAAAGCACUGCACAAGAGAAUGGCCACGCUUUCCGUAAAGCAACCCCUGAGUUUCACACGCAGGAUGCCUCUGUUGGCUAUCUGGAAGAGGAGAGUCCUGCUCCAGCAGCAGCAGCCCAAAGCAGCAGUGAGGAGGAGCUCAGAGAAGCUCCCUCACCAGCACAAGAAUUCAACAAAUACCAGAAGUCUCUUCCCCCACGAUUCCAGAGGCAGCAGCAGCAGCAACAGCAGCAGGAGCAGCUGUACAAGAUGCAGCACUGGCAGCAGCAGGUCUAUCCUCCCCCAUCCCACUCCCACCCCCAGCGGACGUUCUACCCGCCGCACCCGCAGAUGCUCGGCUUUGAUCCCCGCUGGAUGAUGAUGCCCUCCUACAUGGACCCUCGCAUGGCCCAGAGUCGCACCCCCGUGGAUUUCUACCCUUCAGCCCUUCACCCUUCAGGAAUUAUGAAGCCCAUGAUUCAGCAGGACUCCAUCGGUGGGAGCAGCUGUCGGUCUGAAGAUCAGAACUGUCAGGCAGGGCAGGCAGAGAGGAAAACUGCUCCCUUGGAUCCUGUGCCAGUGUGGGGCCAGGACAGCUACACAUCCCUGCAGAGCAAAGGAUACUCCCUGUCACAUCAAAAACAGGCUGACAACAUGAGCAUGGAUGGGCUGCAUGCCAGGAAUGAAAGUUACUCUGCUUCUGGAAGGCCAGAGAGAGAUCUCUUUGAGGAGAGAGGGGAGGAAUAUUUGAAUGCUUUUGACAAGAAGGCCCAAGCAGAAUUUGACAGCUGCCUGUCCUCUCAGAGGAUAGGCCAAAAUCUCUUGUUCCAGCAUCAGGAGAGUGUGCAGGAAGCCUGUCCUGCUGGCAGCCGCCAUGCUAACCUGAGGUGUUCACCCCUCGAGCCUGAUUUUAUCCAAGCAGAGAAGAAGCCUGAAUAUAAUGGUUGGGAUAUCAGCCACCAUCAGAAACCUGCAGAAACAGCAGCAGAAGCUGCUGAAGAAGUACCCCGGGAUGAGCAGUCAUUCAGUGCUGACCCAUGGAAGAAAGAAGGAGCCAGUACCAAACCGGCCACUGAGGAGACACCAGAGUGGGCUCCCGAGAGCCGCAGCACCAGCGGGCAGCACCAGGAGCACAUGGGGAGGACACGGCGGUCAGGCCCCAUUAAAAAGCCAGUCCUGAAAGCCCUCAAGGUGGAAGAGAAGGAGAAGGAGAUGGAGAAGGUUAAACUGGAGGGAGAGGACAGCUCACGCCCGCUGAAGGAGAAAGCAGCUGCUCAGAAGGUAGAAAAUGAGUCAGAUGACUCUGCUGCCUUGCUGAACUCCACGCGUUACCUGCUGGAUGACAAAGGUUCUUCCCAAACCAGCCUUGCACGAGAGGCUGAGAAAUCCCAAGAAGAAGAAGAGGAGGAGGAGGAAGAAGAGAAGCCAGAAAGAACCUGGGAGAACAAACUAUCCAGAGAGAGCAGCGAUCUUCCUCCCACAAAAAGAAACAACUGGAUCUUCAUUGAUGAGGAGCAAGCCUUUGGUGGGAGAGGUCAAGGGCGUGGGCGAGGGAGAGGCUUCAGAGAGUUCACUUUCAGAGGGCGAGGCACAGUUGUGAGCAGCAGGGGGGUCUACAACAACAACCAGAGGAGCAGCCGGGGCAGAGGGCUCCGGGAGUUCAACCAGCCAGAGGAUUUCCCCAGAGGCAAACCCAGGCGCAGGAUUGCCAGCGAGACCCACAGUGAAGGGUCAGAGUACGAGGAGCUCCCCAAGCGGCGCCGGCAGAGGGGCUCGGAGAACAGCAAUGAAGGCUCUGUGCUGGACAGGGAGGACAGUGAUUUGAAAAAGGGAGACUUCAAAGAGUCUUGGAGGUCCAACAAAAUCUAUUCAGAUGAUCACAAUAGCCUGGAUCCUAAGAUGAGGGCUCCAAGAGCCUUUGGGAGAUCACUGCCACCAAGACUGAGCAACUCUGGCUAUGGGCGAAGGGGGUUCAUGGGUAAGGAGCCCACGCAGUGGCAAGGCAGGAGUGGGGGAGGAGGGUGGCAGGACUACAGCCACACGUCUCCAUCAGACGCUUUUGGGAGCAGGCAGCAAUCUGACAGGGACUACAUUCAGGAUUCUUACAAACACACGGAUUCCUUCUCCAGCCGGGUUUUUGAUGAGAGUCAUCUGGAUGACAAAAGGCACUUUUUCCAGGAGGAUUACUCAGCAGAUCAGGAGAACAUCGAGAACAGGCCCUUCAGGAGGCGGCGUCCUCCCCGCCAGGACAAGCCCCCACGGUUCAGGCGCCUCAGGCAGGAGAGGGAAUCGGUCGGGCAGUGGAACCCCGAGGAGGGCGGCCCUAAUCUGCUGCCCAGCCAGUGGCCAGGCAGACCCAAGCUGAGCAGUGCAGAGAAGAGCAGCAUCUCGGGCAGACGCUCUCCUGAGCUCUCCUACCAGAACUCUUCAGACCAUGCCAAUGAGGAGUGGGAGACAGCAUCUGAGAGCAGCGACUUCAGCGAGCGGCGGGACAGAAGAGAUGGAGUUGCAGAGAGUGAGGGCCAGCUGGAAGGUGGCCUCAGCACUGGGAGCUUGGGAGAGAAGAGGGAGCUGGCAAAGAGGAGCUUCUCCAGCCAGAGGCCGCUGGUGGACAGGCAGAGCCGCAAGGCUGAGCCAGCAGGGUUUGCAGAGCAGUCUGUCAGGACUGGUGUGGGAGCAGCUUCCAGAUACGAGAGCCAGCAGAACGGGACCCUGAUAAAGAGCAAAAGGUCUCCAGAAGAAGGAGGAGGCCUUGGCAACACCAGUGGUGGGAGCAGCCACUCCAUUUAUAGCUUGGAUAGGGCCUCCCACGUGAACUCAGAGAGUGCAGAGGGGCCAGGUAAAAAGCCAGAGAAGGAGCACAAAUCCACUGCACAAAGAACAAGUGAGAAGGGAGAGGCCUUGUCACAGUUCGAACUGAGUUAUGGAAAUACCAUCAUUGAUAAUCGGGUGUCAAACACAGCAGAAGAGAAUGAAGUUGGUUCCAUGGCAGGGGAAGGAUUCAUUGAGGUUCUUACUAAAAAGCAGCGUCGUUUGCUGGAAGAGGAGCGAAGGAAGAAGGAGCAGGCUGCUCAGGCACCAGCCAAGGCCCGCGUCCUGCAGUCGCGCAUUCCGCCACGAUUUGCUAAGAAGCAGAACAGCCUGUGCUUGGAGCAGAGUGAUGUAACAGUGUCUGGAAACAGCCUGGGCACAGAGAUCUGGGAGAGCAACAGCCCAGCACUUUCCGUUCAGUCUCCUGGCAGUGAUUCCUGGAGCAAGCCUGUAAAUACCUUUAAUGGUACUGAGUCUAGCACCGAGCAGGGAUUUAAAGGCAGCCAGGGGGAUAGUGGCAUUGACUUGAGCGCAGAGUCUCGGGAAUCCUCCGCCACCUCCUCUCAGCGCAGUUCUCCGUAUGGCACCCUCAAACCAGAGGAGAUGAAUGGGGCUGCCCUGGUGGACCCAAAGCCUGACUGCCAGAAGGAGCAAGUGCAGAAGCAAACUGAUAAAAAGGAUUCAGAUCAAGGCUCAGGACAGAACAAGGAACACAAGCCUGGACCAAUCGGCAACGAACGCUCCCUGAAAAACAGAAAGGGUUCGGAGGGAACGGAACGGCUGGAAGGGAAUAUUCCCCCUGUUAAUGGGGUGGAAAUUCACGUGGAUUCUGUACUUCCUGUGCCACCCAUUGAAUUUGGAGUAAAUCCUAAAGACUCUGACUUCAGCUUGCCACCUGGUUCUGCCUCUGGCACUGCAGCUAACCCUGUCACCAAAUUGCAGGAUGCCUUGGCCAGUAAUGCAGGGUUAACACAGUCCAUUCCCAUCCUGCGAAGGGAUCAUCACCUCCAGCGCUGCAUUGGCUUGAACCCCAUGUCCUUCCCCACUGCAGACCUUACUCUUAAGAUGGAGUCUGCUCGUAAAGCUUGGGAAAACUCUCCAAGUUUACCAGAACAGAAUUCCCCAGGAGGUGCAGGCUCAGGCAUCCAGCCUCCUUCCAGUGUUGGAGCUUCCAACGGUGUCAGCUACAGCUCUUUUGGUGGAGUUUCUAUGCCUCCUAUGCCUGUGGCGUCUGUAGCACCUUCUGCAUCUAUUCCAGGUAACCAUAUUCCACCCUUGUAUUUGGAUGGCCACGUGUUUGCAAGUCAGCCCCGCCUGGUCCCUCAGACAAUACCUCAGCAGCAAAGCUACCAACAGGCUGCUGCUGCUCAACAGAUUCCCAUCUCCCUCCACACAUCCUUACAGGCCCAAGCUCAGCUUGGACUGAGGGGUGGUCUGCCUGUUUCCCAGUCCCAGGAGAUGUACAGCUCCAUACAGCCCUUCAGGUCUCAGGUGUACAUGCACCCCAGUCUGUCCCAGCCCAGCACCAUGGUCCUGACAGGAGGCACUGCUCUGAAGCCUCCAUAUUCCGCCUUCCCAGGCAUGCAGCCCUUGGAGGUGGUGAAAACCCAGUCUGGGUCCCCCUAUCAGCCCAUGAACGGCAGCCAGGCACUGGUUUAUGAGGGGCAGAUAAACCAGGCUGGUAUGGGAGCCUCCCAGAUGAUGGACUCUCAGCUCACACAGCUGACAAUGCCUGUGCCUGGCUCCCAGCUGCCUCUGCCCCGCUACGGCUCUGGCCAGCAGCCCCUGCUUCUGCCACAGUCCAUCCAGCUUCCUCAGGGCCAAAACCUGCCUGUAGGAGCUCCCCGAAGAAUCCUCCCUCCUGGAUCCCAGCCUUCUGUUCUUGCUGCCAGCAGGGAGUCCUCCCAGAUGGAAAUGAAAGGGUUUCAUUUCUCCGAUGGUAAACAGAGCAUGUCCUCCGGAGGGUCUGUACCGUCCCCACACACGUACAGAAUUUACUCCAUGAAUGUUGUCGACUCUUCGAUUUCCAGGCCUAGCUCUGCCAGCCCCAGCGGGAAGCCGUCGGGACCAGCAGUGAGCAUGGGCUCUGUGCAAGGACACUACGUACAACAGGCAAAGCAGCGGGUGGAUGAUAACAAAGCCAGUCUGGGAGCAGUGAAGCUGCAAGAAACAGCCUCCACAAACCAGAUGAAGCCAGUGCGCACAGGAGCGAUCAAACCUCAGGCAGUCAAAGUGGAGGAAAGCAAGGCCUAGGAGCACCUCUGAUGCCCAGCUGGUCCUGCUGCCUGAGAGGCACCACAGCUUAGACUGGACCCCACUGGAUCUCCUGAAAAUCUCACCAGAUCUAUCCCCACCCCACACUGACUGACUACAGCGACAUCAUUCAAGCCCCUCUCCCAACAAAGCAGUUUGAAACAGUGGAUAUACAUUGACCUGCUUGCUUUAAAACAAACCGAUCAUGUGACUUUUAAGUGGCUUUAGCCAUUUAUUUUUUUUUUAAUUUCCCCCUUCCCCAUGCCCCAUCCACAGGUAGCUGUGAUCACUCACUUGGCAAAGCCCGUCCUUCUCCUUCCCUACUUCUGUCUCAGCAGAGUGGCAACUGGGGGAGAGGGGUUUAGUUUGAGGUUUUUCAUUUUAAAGGCAGCUGAGGUUUUUACAAAAAAGCUGUAUCUUUGUUUAUAGCAGAACUUUUAUAUGUUCUCUCAUUCCCCCCUUCUUUCUGCUUUCCUCAUUCCUUUCAGAAAAGAAUUCCUUUCAGCUAAAAUGAUGUUCUGACAAAACUCCACUUAGUUUUGUAUAUGGUUCUGUGCUAUGUUGAGAGUUCAAGUUUGUUUGGGUGUAUUUCCCCAGAUAAUUUAGUCUUUCAGACUAUUUGAUUAAAAAAUACAGGACAGUUAUGACAUCUGUUACUUUUUCAGUAUUUUUGUUUUAAACUAGAAGCAGUGCUUGCAUUAGGAGGAAAUGUGUACAUCAGUGUAUAAAUCCUGAAACUUGCACCACUUCAACACAGCCUUGGGGUGCUUUGUGCACAACAAAAUUUUAGGCAUUUUCAUUUUAAGGAAAAAAACCUAAACCACCAGAUUUCUGUUGUAAGCUCAUACAGAUCUAGGUGUUUAAUUUUUCCUUUUUGUGGGUUUAGAAUUUUUUUAGUGACUGAAAAACACACACCAAAAUGUAAAUCAUAGAUUUACAAAAUGUAACAUUUGUUAGGAAGAAAAAAAUUCUCCUCACAGCACAUGGGUCAGAAGAGUUGGCUCUAGAGCCAACGGGUCUGUAUGGACUACUUUUUGUAGUUGUGAUGCUCUCUCAUGCUCCCUGCCUUGGCUGCUGAAAUUCUUCGUGUCUCCUGAGACUUGUCCUAUAUUGUGUUCAUCCCUCGGGGCUGCUCUCCUAAGCUUUGCUCUUUUCCCUGAGUCUUGCUUUCUGUUCCUCUAGUCCAAGGCCUUUUGUAAAAUUUGCAUAGAAAUGCGUUGGUAAGGGAGCCCCUCUGCAAGGCACACUUGGAACCUCCUGUUUUGGGUUGGAAGCGCGUGGUUACAGAGGCAGUUUGGAAUCAUCCUUCUCCUCUCCUUCCCCAGGUGAACAGCAAAGGGUUCUUUACUCUGAUGCAGUUGCAUAUAGUGUGUGUACAGCAUCGUCACCUCACCACUCCUCUCCAGUAUUUGAUGAUCUACACAAGGAAGAUCCCAGUGGGAGAGGUUGGGUUUUAUUUCUUUGGCUGUUUGGUUUUGGUUUGUGUGCGUGUGUGUGUGUGCGCGUGUGUACGUAGAUUUUUUAGGACGGACUUAAAAGUUCCUGAAAGGGCUUGGAGUCCUUCACCUGAUGGUAGUCAAAAGUUAAAACUACUUUCAGCUAACUUGGUUUGUGUUGUUUAGCUCUUUCAAAAUGUAAAGUAGGCUGGUCACUCUGAAGUGAGGGACAGAACCAUUUUUGGAGAUGGUAGCUUGCUCAUGGGCUGUGCAUCGGCCUCUGCUGGGUGGCAGAAAGUCAUUUGGUGGUGGUUCCAAAGAAGAUAUUUUGAACAAAGAAUGUAUUGGGGAAGGGAUCUGAAAGGUGUUCUUGUUUCUUCGUUUGCUUCUUUUUUUUUCCCCCCUCUCCCUUUUCUGGAAAAAGAUCCUUUGUAACUUUGUAAGGAUGCAUUUGAAGUUUUAAGCUAGGCAUAAAUAUGAUUUUUAUACAGUAGCUUUAAAGAGCUUAGAGACCUAAACUAGCUUAGGCAUAGUAAUGUCCCCUCUCCACAGGUGUCCCCAUGGAUCAUGGCAGAGAACCCGAAGGGAAAGGGAUAGGAUGGUACUUUAAGAAAAAAUAUGAGCUCUUUUUUUCUUAGGUUUUAUGGAUUUUAAUUUCAGAGCAGAGUGUGCCAGCAUCUCUCUAGCAUCCUCCUUAAAGUACAGAGUUUGAGAUUUAGUGACAAAUAUUUCCCCAACUUUCAGACAUCUCCCAGAUCUGCAUCCUCAUCUGCUAGUCCUGCUCCCAGUGUUUUCCAAAGAUUGCACCUCCAGUAAGUCAUCCCACCCUGUUUCUAUUUUCUCCCUUGAAAUACCAUUAACAGCAGAAUUGUCUGUUCGGGAUUUUUUUUAUUAUCCUUCUGCCCAGCUGGCCCUAGCUAAUAUGAGCCCAGAAUCUAACUAAUGGCUAAAGAGACUUACCUGAGGCCCCCUCUUCUCAUCUCUUCCCUACUCUAGACACACUACUUCAGCUUUACAAAGACACUAACCUCCUUCCUCCCACCUGUGUGACUUCAAAAUGGUCAAACGUGUUGGAGAAACUGGGUUAUUGCGAGAUCCAAGUUACUGCAGUCCCUCUGGUGUAAAUGCCAUCAGAACUACAAAAUUUCCUGUUGAAAAAGGUCACCCUUCUUUCUCUUUUAAUCCCUCCAUUCCUUCCCCCAACAGAAUAAAACACUAGAAUUUAUUUAUACGUAUUUGAUGUUGUAGGUCUAGGUGAAAAAGUAAUUGUUUCACUGCUCUAUUUAUAUAUUAUGUCUGAAUUAUUCUGUGCAGGAAAGGCCAAGAAAUGCAUGUGAGCUUCAUUCCGUUUCUCAACUUUGCGUGACUGUCAGCUGCAGUUGGCAAGACUCUCUCUCACUUAGUGGAGUUUUGUGUGAUGGAAAGCAGUUUUAGAGCCCAAAUUUCUACGGUGCAAUAUCCUUCUCUGGCAUAUAU